AUGCGCCCCUCUACCUUUACCAAGGCAGCACUCUCUCUAGGAGGUGUCGCCCUCGUGGCAGCCCAAGACGGAGUAUGCCCCAAUGGAUUAACCGUCUUUCAGGUUCAACCCGCGCAGAUUGUCGCGCAGCAGCCGGUUUGGAUCGAGGGAUAUUUUCCUCACGACUGCGAGGUCCCCAUCCGUGACGGCCUCACUGUCACUAUCACCGGCGCUCCGACUUCCAUUUGCACUCAGGUUACCUACACCCAAGCCUACUGGACGACAUUUACUAGGACUCUACACGGCAACAGACCUGACGAUGGCGCUUCCGCCAUCACAGUCACCGGAGGCUACUCCGGUACCCAGACCGUCACAACAACCCUUCCCCCGGUCCUGGCGGCAGCACCGUCACAGCUACCCGGGCCCGGAGACGAGCACGGUGACGGUCACGCCCCUGGAGCCACAGGAACCGGAACCGUCAUCGUCCUGACGCCCACGACGGCCAUUUCUACCGCACCUACUACAGGUAGAGUCGUGGAGGAAACUACUACUACUACUACUACCAACACUGACGGCGGCGCCACCACGCCCGAGCCCUCUUCGUCCGCGCAGACAACCCCAGCAGCCGCCAUCACCUCACCCGCGGAGACGCCCACGGAAGCCACCACCACCACCGUCGUCACCACGACAACAACCCUCGUGGUGCAGGAACUCCAGAACCAGCUCCUCGACCUCGACCUCGGGCUAGACAUUGCCAACCUCAUCAACGCCGAUCUCAGCGUCGACGUGCCCUCCAACGGCGACUCAGACGACGAGGACGAUGAUUCGGGCUCGGGCUCGCUCAUCAGCCUCGACCUAGUCGCCGACCUAGCCAGCCUCCUCGGCAUCGACCUCUCCCUCAACGUCUUGAAGAGGGACGGCGCCCAAUCCGCCGCAGACUGGUUCGCCAAGCUCUUCCUCGCCCUCGACGUCGAAGGUCUCUUGGAUCUCGACGUCGGCCUCAAGCUCAUCAAGGGCUUCACCAACUUUAUGGGAUCCAGGAGCAGCAAGCGGGAUCUCGGAAACGACGUGCUCGACCUCAUCAGCCGCGUCCUCUCCGACCUGAGCGAGGGCGUCAUCGACGUCGCCGGCGCGCUCGAGGAGAUUGGCGAGAUUGUGCGCUCCCUCUCCCUCGCCAAGCGCGACCUGUUGCCUCAGGACGCCGGCCUGCUGGAUCUCGUCAACCCCGUCCUGACCCUCGUCUCGCGAGGAGCCAUCGGCGCCCAAGACGCCAUCGUGCGCAUUAGGAGCCUCCGCGACUCCGCCAACCUCCCAGUCGCCAAGCGAGCGGGCUUGUCGGGCCUAGGGUCCGUCCUUGACGCCGUCGGCGACCUUCUCCGAGGCGUGUUGAGCGGGGAUGCGGUCAGCGAUCUCCUCAACGGGCUGCUCUCCGCGGGGACGUGA